UCAUUCACGCUCUUGAUUUUAGAUUAUCCGGUGAAACAACCACUUACCGGCGGGAGAGAGAACGAAACAGCAAUUGCAAAUUCCAAACCUUCAAAUUGUUCAUCGUCGCCGGUGGAAUCUGCCGCAUUUAUCCGAUUCAACUCGAAAAUGGAGGAGAAGAGCAAGAUUCUGAUCAUCGGAGCAACAGGUUAUCUAGGGUUCCAUUUGGCUCAAGCCAGCUGCAAUUCUUCUCACCCUACAUUUGCUCUCAUCAGAGAUUCUACUUUCUCUUCACCUCACAAGCUAGACAAGCUCCGAGCUCUCUCCGAUGCCGGAGUUAAAUUCCUCAAGGGUUCUCUGGAUGACGAAGCUAGCCUUGUGGAAGCUGUUAAUCAAGUGGAUGUAGUCAUUUGUGCUGUUUCCUCUAAACAGGUGUUGGAACAGAAGCCUCUGAUUCGAGUCAUCAAACAAACUGGAUCCAUUAAGAGAUUUAUUCCAUCAGAAUUUGGACUUGAUCCUGAUAAGGUUCAAAUCUUAAAUAUGGAUUAUGACUUCUAUUCCCGCAAAGCUGAAAUUCGUCGGCUAGUUGAAGCUGAAGGCAUUCCGUAUACCAUAGUUUCUUGCAAUUUCUUUACAAGUUAUUUACUUCCUUCCCUUGUUCAACCAGGCAUGAAAAGCCCUCCAAGGGAUAAGGUGACAAUGUUUGGUGAUGGAAAUACCAAAGGUGUAUUUGUGAAGGUCAAUGACGUUGCUGCCUUAACAAUUAGUGCAGUGGACGAUCCACGCACAUUGAACAAGGUAGUUUAUCUAAGGCCUGAAGGAAAUGUUUAUUCCUUGAAUGAACUGGUGGAGAUUUGGGAGAGUAAAAUUGGGAAAAAGCUUGAGAAGAACUAUGUAUCAGAAGAGGAGCUGCUAAAGAAAAUUGAAGAGACUCCUUAUCCUGACAACAUGGAGUUCAUUUUCAUAUAUUCUGCAUUUAUAAAGGGAGAUCAAACAUACUUCGAUAUUGAGGCAUCAAAUGGCGUUGAUGGUUCACAAUUAUAUCCACAACUCAAGCAUACCACGAUUAGUGAGUUUUUGGACACCCUAUCGUAAUGGUUUCCAAAUUCUUAUUAGAUGUCUGUUCUUAUUAUUUAUAUCAUGGAUAGGUAUAACUUGUAACAAUAAUCUAAUAAACCGUAAAGAACCAGUGCAUUAAUACCAUUAAUUCAUUAAUAAA